CAUCAAUAUUUCAGAAAUUUGCGAAAUAGCCAAAUGGCAGCUGGAAGUGAAAGUUCAGUUACAGAUGUGUUAAUCGGCGAAUUUGAAGAAUGGCAAGCAUCAGAAUCUUCAGAGGCAAUAUUUUUGCUAGAAACAAGUACAGAUGAAAAUAAUGACAUUGUGAUGCUGAUGUUAUUGGCUUCAGAACAUGAAUUUAAACUCCAUAUACCAAAAGGUUAUCCUGACUAUGAUGGUACAUUUUCUGUGGAAGCAGACCCUGCAGUCAAGCUAUGGAGCACAGCCUUGAAUGAGUUCUUGGUUGACUUGAAAGACAAGAUAAAACUUUCUGAUUUCCUGAAAAAGGCUGUUGUUUUACAUACCAACAAGAACACAAGAUCUGAACAAAGACAUAUGUCUAGUGAUGAUGAUAUUAUGGAAGAGGAUGAGGAAUCUGAGGAGGAAGAAGAGGAGGAGGAGGAAUGUAUGAUGGCUGAUGAUGAUGCUUUCACAACAGAAUGGGAUUUAAAGGUUGCUAGAAAGAAGAAACGGUGGGCUCAGAAAGAAGCAGAAAUAAGAGACCAGAUGAAAAAGGCAAAGCUUUCUCAAGGUGCUAGUAGUAUGGAUAAAAAACCACCAGAGAAUAUAUUUACCAGCAAUGCUGCAGCAGGGAUAUUAACCAAUGAUCUUGUUAGAAUCAUGGAAGAAGAACAGGAAUUAAGUUUUACAGCAGAACCUAUAGAUGAUAAUAUAUACAACUGGAGGGUUAAAAUAUUUCGUUUUGAUGCUGAAUGUGGUUUAGCUGAUGAUCUCCUGCAGAUUCAGUCCAAAUUUGGAUACAAUUAUAUAGAAUUAGAAAUGACAUUUGAAAUAGAUUUGUAUCCAUUUUAUCCACCUCUAGUCAAAGUGAUGAGGCCAAGACUUCAGUGUUCUAUGAUGCAAAGAGUAACUAAUAUGGAGAUGUUGAAAUUGUCAUACUGGAUCCCUACAAAGGAUAUGAAAUCUGUUAUACAGGAUAUCAAAACAUUUCUUCAGCAAUGGGCCAGGUUAGAAGUAUACAGUCCAAGGAAUGAUUUAUUGAAGUAUCCAUAUGGAGCCUAUGUAGAAAUAGAACAUCAUCUCUUAACACUUGCUCUGGUGAGUGAAGUGAAUCCACGUGUUAAUUACCUGUAUGAUAUGGAUAUCAGUCAGCUGACAGAACAAAGAACCAACAAGCCUAACACACCUCCUGAUAAGUCAGGAGGACCUGCUGGCAAAAACAAACCAGAGUACUGGGCCAAAGGUACAGGGUAUGGACAUCAUUAUAGAUCUGAAUGGGAUAUAAAUGCUUAUAUAGCAGCACAGAAAGAGAAGGAUAAUAAGGUAGAAACUGUAUUACACAAGAUUCUAGAAGAACUGAAAUUAUUAUAUACAAAUCAUGCACCACAGUUAAAACCUCGAACAUUAGGAAGUCAACCAGAGCCUGACACAGGUCAGACAGCAGUUAUAGAUCCUGUUGAGGAUAUGUUUACUGUGUUGGAAGGUUCAGCCAUAAUACCAUUUAUUGAGCAAUAUUUAACAGCUGAUUCCUUCUUAGAAAUAUGUAGACAUUCAGUUGUUUAUAGAGUGAUAAUAGAUAUAAUAAAGGAAAUAGCUCGACAGAAACAGUUACUGCCAUUACUUGUAUCUUUACCAAAUCAACAGUUGUCUGUCUACAAGUUGCUGGAACAACUUGAAAAGAAGGCAUCAAUGAUGUUAAAGCAUCUAUGUAAAGCUGGUAAUGGCAGUAUACCAACCUCCCAUAAAUCAUGGGAUGAUCCUCCAGAGACCUCGGCCUUUGGUCUCAUACCUAAAUGUUUCGGUAGAUGUAGAGAGAGUAGUUCACAUAGUUCCUCUUCUGAUUCAGAUGGGGAGGAAGAGAAAAUUGCAAGGGAAAUGGUUUCGUUAUUUAACAAUGUUAAAGAUACCUUAGAGAGAAAUAGUUUACUUGGUAACAGAAAUAAUAGUAAUGAAAAUGAUCCCACCAUAUAUGGAGAACAGAUUCCUCCCUAUGAUGUACUUAAUACUAAAUGUGAUGCAGAAUUAGAAGUGCAAUAUAAACAAGUUCUAAAGAGCAUGCAAUUUGGUAGUUCAGAUCUGCCAUUGGAGGGGAACCUUGGCCACCAUUAUGCAAAUCUUUACAAGUCACAUCAAGCUGGAGGACAGAAACAGAUAUUCAGAAUAGCCCAGGAGUUAACAUCUUUAUCAUCAAGUUUACCACUUAAUCUUUCUUCAUCUAUAUUUGUCAGAACCGAUGAUGAAAAGAUAACUUUGAUGAGAGCAUUAAUUACAGGGCCGGAAGGAACCCCUUAUUCUGGUGGAUGUUUCCUGUUUGACAUAUAUUUCCCUCCUGCCUACCCACGAUGCCCUCCACAAGUUAACCUUCACACAACAGGAAGUGGAAAAGUCAGAUUUAACCCAAAUUUGUAUGCAUGUGGAAAAGUGUGUCUUUCAUUACUUGGAACUUGGGAGGGACAGAAGGGGGAACAGUGGAACGAAAAAACCUCUACUGUUCUACAGAUUCUGGUUUCUAUACAGUCUUUGAUAUUAGUUCCUGAUCCUUACUUUAAUGAACCAGGUUUCGAACAAGAAAUAGGCACAGAUGCAGGACAGAAACACAGUGAUGAAUAUAAUGAAGAUGUUUGCUACAACAAUAUAAAAUAUGCAAUGAUAGGUAAUUUACAGAACCCACCACCAGAGUUUUCAGAAGUGAUCAAAGCCCAUUUUUAUAUGAAGAAAGAUAAAAUGAUAAAGGAAGUUCAAGGUUGGGUUGACAAACAUGACAAUCGUCGACUCACCAGAAUGUUUCAAAACUUAAAACAAGAACUGAAAAAGUUACAACCGCCACAGAUUCAUAAUACAGCAGUGUCAUCAUUUACUCUAGAUGAUGAGCAGUACAUAGUGGGGGAUUUUGUUUUGAUUGCAAAUGAUGAAAAUGGAAAUGAAAACUUGGAGUCUAAAGACACUGCUUUUACAGCACAAAUUAAAGAUGUCAUUGAAAAGGAAUACAAGUCUAAGUCAAAGAAGAAGGAUAUUGUUGCAGUGGUUACUUGGUACUGGAGACGGGAAGAGUUACCUGAUUCACAUCUAGCGACAAUUGAAGCUCAUCAAUUUGAAGUUUUUAAGAACUUAACCAAUAUCCCAGAGGAGAUUGAUCCGGAAACUAUAUUAGGAAAAUGUCAGAUAGAAACAAAAGCUGUGGAGGAAAUGAAAACUGUGAGCAGUCGUCAGAAAAAGAAUGAACAAAUGAAAUUUUAUGUAACAAGAUCAUAUAAUGGAAAAUAUUUUAUUCCUCUAAAACAACCAAAGAAAACUGAAAAAGACAAUAGCAGGAUAAGGAGACAAUCUAUGCCUGCACAUAUUAAUGGAGGUGACAAUAUAGUUAAAGCAUUUUCAAGGAGAAGUUUAAAUAAUAUAAACAUUCAUGACAAUGAACAUAAAAGAUCCUCAUCUCCAGUAAAACCUUUGCAGUCUGUUACAGUUAAAGAAGUAGAAAAAAAACUAAUUAGCCCAAAAGCUUAUGGAAAUAAAUAUGCAUGUUUCAAGGGAGAGGAUGUCACAAGAUUUCUCAUGGAUGAUGAUGCUUUUGAUACAGUGUCACUUAUAUCAGAUACUAGUAGUACAACCAGUCAUGCCAGUAGUUCAUCUAGUGCUCGAAGGAAAUCCUCACGACUUUCGAUUAAUAGUAACAUUCAAAAUGAAAAUUCGACUUCAAAUGAGAAUUUGAUUGUUAAACCAAUUACUAAAUCAAGUCCAGCAAUUUUGAAAACACCUAAAAGAAAACUAAGUUCAUCUUCAGGAGAAAGUUCAUUGUCAUCGAAGAAAUGUCAGACUGAACCAAAAAGACGAUCGGUUUCAUUUGCCAGUGCAGAUUCAAAAGCAAAGACUGUUAGUAAAAUACAAAAACAGAAGGUUGUGCCAACAGUAGUAUUGAGAAAAGUUCAAGAUCAAUAUAUCUCAUUCCGUAAUCAGACUCCUGAAAGUGUAGACAGGCCUGUUACAACUAGAAGAAGUCUGGGAGAAACAUUUAUAAAGAAUAUCACACCAAAACAAAACAGGAGUUUACGACAAAGAAGGAAGAUAGAUUAUAAUGAGGCUACAGGAAAAGUGGACUUUGGUUUGAAUGAUUCUAAUGACGUAUUUGUAAUAGAAAAUGAAAGUGAUAGUGACAAUGAUAGUCUUGCUAGUCUCAAACAACAAGGAAGUAAUAAGAAGAAUGCAAGAAGUAAAUCAAGGCCUGAUAGCUAUAGUGAUAGUGGCUCUGAUAGCCAUGCUAGUCUCAAACAACGGAGUAGUAAGAAGAAAUCAAAGAGUAAAUCAACACCAAAUCGUAGAUCUACUGCAAGUGAAGUAACACCACAUAUCCCUGGCAGAUCUCGGCCAUUGAUGUCACCGACAAGUGUAUUGGAGGAGGCAAGAGCUAGGUUACAUGUGUCAGCAGUACCCGAUUCAUUGCCAUGUAGAGAAAAGGAAUUUGAAGAUAUUUUCAGUUUUGUAGAGAGUAAAAUAUUAGAUGGAACUGGAGGGUGUAUGUACAUAUCUGGUGUACCUGGAACAGGUAAAACUGCUACAGUCCAUGAGGUGAUCAGGGCCCUUAAUAAAGCAUAUGAAGAUGGUGAAUUAAGCCAGUUUAAGUACAUAUCUAUAAAUGGAAUGAGAUUAACCGAGCCCAGACAGGCUUAUGUGCAGAUACUUAAGCAACUAACUGGACAGAAAGCUACACCUGACCAUGCUGCUGAUUUACUGAACAAAAAGUUUACAACACCUGGACCAAGAAAAGAAACCAUUGUUAUGUUGGCUGAUGAGCUCGAUUUGCUAUGGACAAGAAAACAAGAUGUUAUGUAUAAUCUGUUUGACUGGCCCUCACAGAGACAUGCUCGAUUAGUUGUCCUAGCUGUUGCCAAUACUAUGGAUUUACCAGAGAGAAUAAUGAUGAAAAGAGUUGCCAGUAGAAUUGGACUGACAAGGAUGACAUUCCAGCCCUACACUUUUAAACAGUUACAGGAGAUUGUUGUAUCCAGAAUGAAAGGGCUGAAAGCAUUUGAUUCAGAUGCUAUACAGCUGGCUGCUAGGAAAGUAGCUGCUGUGUCUGGUGAUGCUAGGAGAGCUCUGGACAUCUGUCGUAGAUCUACUGAGAUAGCUGAAAAAAGGUCUCCGUCAAAGAAAAGCAACAUCUUAGUUGGAAUGUCACAUGUUGAUGCUGCACUUCAGGAAAUGUUCUCUUCUCCAAAAAUUGUUGCAAUCAGAGGAUUGUCAAACCAAGAGAAACUGUUCCUGAGAGCAAUUGUAGCCGAGUUCACAAGGUCAGGGUUAGAGGAAGCUGAAUUUUCAAGAAUUUACACACAACAUAUAUCACUAUGUAGAUUUGAAGGUUUAACCCCACCAACAACUUCACAACUAGCAUCUAUAUGUUCAAGACUUGGUAGUAUACGACUGCUAUUAGUAGAACAUGGCCGCCAUGACCUUCAAAUGAGAGUUCGACUCAACAUCAGUCAAGAUGACAUUUUGUUUGCUUUGAAAGAAAAGACAAAUGUUUGAUAAACAUUGUAAUUUGAAAACAGCCAAAUGUGUUCAUGAAAUAAGAGUGUAUUUGUCUCAAUAUAUGUGUUCAUGAAAUUAUAAUGUAUUUGUCUUAAAAUAUGUGUUCAUAGAAGAAUAUUACAAGAUAUUUAUUAAAAUUCAUUAGUUACAUAUAUAAUGGAAAAAGUAGGUGUUUAAUUGGCAGAAAGUUCAUGAAAGUCAUUAGGUAUAUAAAAUGAGUUUUUUUAUUCAAAGUUAACUUGCAGUUUGCAGAUUAUAUUUUUAAACAUCAAUUUUUUUUUUAAGAUGGAUUUUUAUUUAAUUAAAAAAAUUUACCCAAAAAAAUGACUAGGAUUUUAACUGUCAAUAUUGACAAUAAAUAGAACAACUUAAGUAUUUUAUCUAAUAUGUGUAAUUAAUUACUUUAAUAU